ACGCCCUAAAACCCUAAAACGACAAUAUAUAAAGAAAGCGCACAUUCAACCAUUCUUCUAAACUCGGUGCCCCCCUUCUUCCUCUGAUAAACCCCAGCAAAAACCCUAGCAAGCAGACAGCCGCCGUCUACUCACAGACACAGAAAUGAGACCUCCUCGAGGCCGUGGUGGUAAUAGUGGAGGAUUCAGGGGAAGAAGUGAUGGAGGCAGAGGUAGAGGAGGCAGAGGUGGUGGAGGAGACAGAGGAGGCAGAGGCGGUGGUAGAGGCAGAGGACGUGACGGCGGCCGAGGAUUUGGAGGAAGAGGUCGAGGAGCCGGAAGAGGAGGUGGAAUGAAAGGUGGAAGCAAAGUAGUGGUUGAGCCUCACAGACAUGAAGGGGUUUUCAUUGCUAAGGGUAAAGAAGAUGCCCUUGUUACCAAAAACUUGGUCCCUGGUGAAGCUGUUUACAAUGAGAAGAGGAUCUCUGUUCAGAAUGAAGAUGGAACAAAAGUUGAAUACCGUGUGUGGAAUCCUUUCCGUUCAAAGUUGGCAGCUGCCAUUCUUGGUGGUGUGGACGAGAUAUGGAUUAAACCCGGUGCUCGCGUUCUCUAUCUCGGGGCAGCUUCUGGGACCACAGUCUCUCAUGUGUCUGACAUUGUUGGCCCUACUGGAGUAGUAUAUGCGGUUGAGUUUUCUCAUAGAAGUGGUAGGGAUUUGGUUAAUAUGGCAAAGAAGCGAACAAAUGUAAUUCCUAUUAUUGAAGAUGCCAGACAUCCUUCUAAAUACAGGAUGUUGGUUAGCAUGGUAGAUGUCAUAUUUUCUGAUGUUGCUCAACCCGAUCAGGCAAGGAUUCUAGCACUGAAUGCAUCAUACUUCUUGAAAGCUGGAGGUCAUUUUGUUAUCUCAAUUAAGGCCAAUUGCAUUGAUUCCACCGUACCUGCCGAAGCAGUGUUUCAGCAAGAGGUUAAGAAGCUGCAAGCUGAACAGUUUAAGCCAUCUGAACAGGUCACUCUUGAACCAUUUGAGCGAGACCAUGCUUGUGUGGUUGGUGGUUACCGCAUGCCAAAGAAGCAAAAACCUGCAGCCUAGAAGAAGUUAAAACUAUUUUGAUCUAUCUGCUGUUGUGGAAUUUGUGAGGGGGUGAUUGCCCAUGAGAACACAUAGCUUGUUUUGUUUAUGUUGUUGGAUAUUGUGUUAAUUUGUUAGCUGAAUGUCUUUAUAUUUAUAUAGUUUUUUAGUAUUGCAAGAUUGGUCGCUA